AACCGCACAGAACUGGGCAGAACCGCACAGAACCACGCAGCACCGCACAGAACUGCACCCGCUGCCCCACCUGUACCAGCCAGAGCUGCUGCCCCACCCGUUCCCGUCACCACACCAGUACCCAGCCGCCAUCCACCUCACUGAACCACCUGGUACCACCCUCACACGUUCUAGACUCCACCCGAGCGUGCCCGUUCAUUGCCCUCGCACCAGAGCCUCCUCCCAUGGCCACUUCUCGUAUUCUCGCGUUUGAUCCUGAGGGUAGGCCGGUAGACUUCCCAGGAUGGCUCCGCAAACUCAAGCUUUUCCUAGGGAGUAGGAUAGAGAACGACGUCCGCCUUCUGGACCAUGCCACGGGCAAACUCGUAGCCCCGAAAGAACCCGACCCCUUAGGUUCCUCCCCGACGGACGAAGAGGAAGCUCGCUUUGAGAAGCUGCAGCUGGCGGCCAGUCAGUGGGCGGCGCGGGACGACGCCACAGUGCUCGCCAUCACCGAUCUCCUGCCCCUGACAGAGCAGCAGCACUUCGAGCAGGAG